AGGAGGGGUGGUGGGGAUGUGUGAUAGUGUGCUGAUUCUGAAAUUUCUGAGGAUGGAUAUUUGUUGUUGUGUUGUUUUCAACUCUCCUAUAAGGCCAUAUGGAGCCAAUGUGGGGAUAAAGUGGACUAGUCUCUUUAAGGACCAUUGUCCUUUGGCUUAUUAGAAAAGGAAAACAACACCCUACUGUCCGCUGUACUCUCUCUCUCUCUCUCACUUGAUGGAAAAGUGCUUUGUCUGGUCAGCAUAGCUGCACUAUACCACAGACACAUAUUUCUAACUCUCUCUCUCUCCUUUUGAUGAUAAUUUUGUAAAAGGCUGUGGACCGUUGGUUGUGAGCAUUUGCUGUAGUAAGCUUCAGAGAGAAAAAAGGAGUAAUGGGAAAUGGAAAAUAAAGAAAAAAUAUAAAAUUUUGGGGGCAAACCCCAUCAUUUCCACUUCUUUUGAUGAACUUUGCAUUAUUUUCUUUUUAUUUCUUUUUUGGGUUAUUUUGUUGAAAGGUUCAUCAUUAGUUUGAGAGGGUUUGUUUGAUUAUUCUUACUUUUUUAAAGGUCACCCCUUUUGUUUUUGUUGAAUUCCUUAUAUGUCCUUUUACAAUGCUUUGACUACUUACCAUUGACCUCUUAUGGUUUGUUAGCUUUAGUUUCCUAGCCAUUUCAGUGUAGUUAACCCUGGUCUCAAACCAAGUAGGGCUUUAUAAUGUAGGUAGGUUGCAUUUUGUUUCUUCUUUUCAUGCGCCAGUCUCAAUAAUAGAGCUGUAUGGUGACAGAAAGGGUCAGUGAUGGGCACUACUACACUUGACCUUUGAAAAUUUCACAUUUUUCCAGAAACACUAGAUAUUUUAUAUAAAGGUAAUUGUCAGAUGGAUGGUUUCGACAUAAAGAAAACCUGUGCAAUAUGCCUGACAGCAAUGAAACCGGGUCAAGGCCAUGCUAUUUUCACGGCAGAAUGCUCCCAUUCUUUCCACUUCCACUGUAUAACUUCUAAUGUAAAACAUGGAAAUCAGAUUUGUCCAGUUUGCAGAGCAAAAUGGAAGGAGAUCCCCUUUCAAAGUCCUGCUUCUGAUCUUCCCAAUGGAAGGUCUAGGAUUAGCCCAGUGGAUUGGCCCCGGGAUGAUGCCUGGUUGACUGUUGUACGACGGCUACCUUCCCCUCGAUUAGAUUCAACUAGGCAGAUUUCUUCACUUUUUCAUGCCUCUGAGCCAGGAACCUUUGAUGAUGAUGAAGUCCUAGAUCAGCAGGUUGAGACUACUGAAGAAAAUGUCUUUGCCAAGGAUAUUACUAAAAUUAAUUCUAUUGGAGCAAUAGAAGUUAAAACAUAUCCUGAAGUUUCAGCUGUUCCGAGAGCAACCUGUCAUAAUAAUUUUGCUAUAUUAAUCCAUCUCAAAGCUCCCCAUGCAAGUGGAGGGCAAAAUAGCAGAAAUCAAACUGUAAUUCCCCCAACGAAUCAAAAUUCUCGUGCCCCAGUUGACCUUGUCACUGUUCUUGAUGUUAGUGGCAGCAUGGCAGGUACCAAGCUUGCAUUGCUAAAACGAGCUAUGGGGUUUGUGAUACAGCAUCUUGGGCCCUCUGACCGGCUUUCUGUUAUAGCAUUCUCCUCAACAGCCCGUCGCCUCUUUCCUCUUCGCCGGAUGACUGAGACUGGACGGCAGGAAGCACUGCAGGCUGUUAACUCUCUUACGUCAAAUGGUGGGACAAAUAUUGCUGAAGGGCUUAGGAAAGGUGCCAAGGUGAUUCUAGAUCGCAAGUCGAAGAACCCUGUUGGAAGCAUCAUACUGUUAUCCGAUGGGCAGGAUACUUAUACUGUGACAAGUCCUAGUGGAGCCCAUUCCAGGGCAGAUUACAAAUCACUUCUUCCUAUCUCAAUUCAUCGGGAUGGUGGGGCAGGUCUCCGUAUCCCUGUGCAUGCCUUUGGGUUUGGUGCAGAUCAUGAUGCUGCUUCAAUGCAUUCAAUUUCUGAGAUAUCUGGGGGUACAUUUUCUUUCAUAGAAGCUGAGGCUGUGAUCCAGGAUGCAUUUGCCCAAUGCAUUGGAGGGCUUUUAAGUGUGGUAGUGCAGGAGGCAUGUGUUAAAGUUGAGUGUUCACACCCAAAUUUGCGAAUUAAUUCAAUAAAGGCAGGGAGUUAUCGAACCAGCAUGACGGCUGAUGCAAGAACAGGUUCUAUUGAUGUAGGAGACUUGUAUGCUGAAGAAGAAAGGGAUUUUUUGGUGACAGUCAAUGUUCCAGUUGAUGAAUCCAGUGAUGAGAUGUCAUUGCUGAAAGUUAGAUGUAUUUACAGAGACCCCAUUUCAAAAGAAAUGGUAUCCUUGGAAGAAGCCAAUGAAGUAAAGAUCCAGAGGGCCACAAUAAUUGGACAACCAGUAGUGUCAAUGGAAGUAGACAGGCAGCGAAAUAGGCUCCGUGCUGCGGAGGCUAUGGCUGAGGCUAGAGCUGCUGCUGAACAUGGUGAUCUAACUGGUGCUGUCUCUCUCCUUGAGAGCUGUCGCAGGGCUUUAUCAGAAACCAUUUGUGCACAGGCUGGUGACAGGUUAUGUGUUGCACUAUGUGCUGAGCUGAAGGAGAUGCAAGAAAGAAUGGCAAACCGUCAUGUGUAUGAGUCAUCUGGAAGGGCUUAUGUGUUGUCGGGUUUGAGCUCACAUUCCUGGCAGAGAGCAACUGCACGAGGUGAUUCCACCGACAGUACAAGCCUUGUUCAAGCUUACCAGACCCCUUCCAUGACAGACAUGGUGACUCGUUCUCAGACCAUGUUUUUUGGGAACCCUCCACAACGAAAGCUUCGACAAGCUCAGUCAUUUCCAGCACGUCCACAGCCAAGGUAAUCAGUGGCGAAAUCCUCAAAAAAUUCUCCUCACCCUACAUUCAUUUUCUAUAUCCACAAACCUUUUGUUUUGUGAAAUUUUUGUCUUUCAUUUUUGUUGCUUGGGAAAGCGGGGGUAAAUUGGCGAAAUAGAAAUGGGGUUCGGUGUUUUUUACGUGGUGGGUAUAUUUUCUUGUUCUAAUAUGUAAAUUAAUAAAAAUUGGAGACAAUUGAAAUGAACGGUUUGAGUGGAGAUAAAUGGAGGUGAGAAUAGGGAGAAUCUGGGAAUUAGGUGCUUUACAUAUUUUGAUAAUGGAGCAUUGUACAUAGGCAGCAAUGGUUUUUUUUUUCCUCUUUCCUUCAAAAACGGUAUAGCCAUGUAAUUGUGGGAUACUUGGGGUGAAUUCUUCACUUAAAUAUAUGAUAUGGUAUAUCUGCUUUUGAUUCUUUUCCACAA